UCGAGGACUCGAAGCUGGCCCAGGGCCACCAUGGCGCCAGCGGAUCGAGAGAUCUCCGUCUCCAGAGCCUUAGGAUCAACGGGAUCGAGACCCGGCCGUAGAGAAUGUGGCCCCAGCCCGGACACAGCCUGAGGUUACUUCUGAUCAGGCUAUGCAUGACACUAUGGCCAGAGUCGUACUUCAUCUAGAUGCCCAGUAGGCUGCCGCUGGUGUUACUACUCCUAGCGGAGGUUCACAGACCAGAGUUGGGGCGCUAGACCCCUUAGCAGGGACCUACUCGGGUAGCACACCCCGCUGCAGCUAUGUCUCCCCGUAUUGAUGCGGUACCCGCUCUUGGUGAUGAUUUUAGGACCAUGGAGGGUGCUAUUAUGACCGUGCCUGAUCAGGAUCUUAUUUGAAGGUUCAGGAAGUUAGAGCCGCCAAGGUUUUCGGGUACUUCUUCUGAGGAUUCUUAUGAGUUAAUUCUGGAUAUGCAUGAGUUACUACAUAGGAUGGGGAUCGUGGAGGCCCAUGGAGUUAACUAUGUACCCUACCAGUUUCGCAGCGACGCGAAGACUUGGUGGAGGUAUUUUGUGGCUUGCAGACCUAAGGGUUCCCCUCCCCUGACUUGGACUCAGUUCUACCGGGCCUUCCUUGAGAAGUAUGUGCCCCGGUCUUUGAGAGAGGCGCGUAGGGAGGAGUUUUUACAUCUACAGCAGAGGGGAAUGACUGUGGAGGCCUAUGUGACUCGUUAUCUGUGUCUGGCCCGUUAUUCCACCCCCUUGAUCCCUAUUGAGCCUGAUAGGAUUAGGCAUUUAUUAGUGGGUUGGUCGGUCCUCUUCAGAUUCCUUGCCUUCAAAUGGAGGCCAUGGGGGAUUCCUUCCAGCACAUCGUCGAGCAUGUUUCUUUGGUUGAGGCCGCUAAGGCCCAUGCAUUUGGAGGUGGUGGUGACAAGAGACCGCGUCAGACGGGGAGUUAUGGUGGUUCUAGUUUGAGGGGCGCCGAUCAGUCUUCUAGGCGUUAUCAGCCGUAUUUGGGCCGCCCUAUGCACUCAGUUUUGCAGGCUACUUCCAGUGAUCUACCCAGCCAGGGAGCUUCUGAGAGUUCAUUUUCUAGACCAGUAGACAGGGUUGUUUCCUCCGGGUCCUCAGCUUCAGUUUAUCAGCCUUCGUCCCCUCUGAUCUAUUUUUCAUGUAGAGAGGUUGGACAUAUUUCUAGGAGGUGUUCCCGACCCAGACGGGAUUAUCAGCCACAGAGGACUCCAACAUCGUCUGCUGGUAAAGGUGGUGAUUCUCAGAGGGGCGGCGCUCAGUCAGGCCACGGUGGUUCUCAGGGUUUCAGAGCUGGAUCCCACGCAGCUAGAGGUGGAUCGCAGAGUGCGAGAGGGGGAUCUAAGACUGGACAUGGUGGGUCCCAUUGUUACUCAUUUUCGAGUAGGCCCGAGGCAGAGGCCUCAGAUGCUGUUAUUGCAGAGUUCCAGGUUGGGUCUCUUCUGUCUCUCGUGGCAGAUAGUCGCUAUCAGGACUGCAUCGAGUUUACAGGGUGAGCACGAGACGUUCACUGCCUUGAAGACUCCUCUUAUUAUGUCUUACUAUUUCUAUUCCAAGACAUAGAUAGAUUUGAUGUAUUUUUAUAUUCCAGACUUGUAUAAUUUCACUUAGAAGCUCUUAUAUGGCUUAGGUCAGACCCUGGGGGUAUUUUCCUUAUUUUCGCACUAUUUCUAUUAUAUAUUAUUGUGAGACUUAUGU